AUGGGUACAAAAGUAGACAGAACAGUACACCACAUGUGUACAAUAGUAGAUGAAACUGUUUACCACGCGGGUACACUAGUAAAUAGAACAGUUUACCACACGAGUACAAUAGUAGAUGGAACAGUUUACCAUAUGGGUACAAUAGUAGAUGAAUCAGUUUACCACAUGGGAACAAUAGUAGACAGAACAGUCUACCACAUGGGUACAAUAGUAGACAAAACAGUGUACCACAUGGGUGCAAUAGUAAAUAGAACAGUUUACCACAUGGGUACAAUAGUAGUCAGCAUAGUCAACCACAUGGAUACAAUAGUAGAUGAAACAGUUUACCACAUGGGUACAGUAGCAGAUAGAACAAUCUAUCACAUGGGUACAAUAGUAGAUGGAACAGUUUACCACAUGAGUACAAUAGUAGAUGGAACAGUUUACCACAUGGGUACAAUAGUAGAUGAAACAAUUUACUGCAUGGGUACAACAGUAGAUGGAAGAGUCCACCACAUGGGUACAAUAGUAGAUGGAAAAGUUUACCAUAUGCGUACAAUAGUAGAUAGAAAAGUUUACCACAUGGAUACAAUAGCAGAUAGAACAAUCUAUCACAUGGGUACAAUACUAGAUCGAACAGUUUACUACAUGGGUACAAUAGUAGAUGGAACAGUCCACCACAUGGGUACAAGAGUAAAUAGAGCAGUUUCCCACAUGAGUACAAUAGUAGAUGGAACAGUUUACCACAUAGGUACAAUAGCAGAUAGAACAGUUUACCACAUGGGUACAAUAGUAGAUGAAACUGUUCACCACAUGGGUACAAAAGUAGACAGAACAGUGCACCACAUGGAUACAAUAGUAGAUAGAACAGUACACCACAUGAGUGCAAUAGUAAAUAGAACAGUUUGUCACAUGGGUACAAUAGUAGAUAGAACAGUCUACCACAUAGGUACAAUAGCAGAUAGAACAGUUUACCACAUGGGUACAAUAGCAGAUCGAACAAUCUAUCACAUGGGUACAAUAGUAGAUGGAACAGUUUACCACUUGGGUACAAUAGUAGAUGGAACAGUUUACCACAUGGGUAAAAUAUUAGAUGGAACACUUUACCACACGAGUACAAGAGUAGAUGGAACUGUUUACCACAUGGGUACAAUAGUAGAUGCAACAGUUUACCACAUGGGUACAAUAGUAGAUGCAACAGUUUACCAUAUAGAUACAAUAGUAGAUAGAAAAGUUUAUCGCAUGGGUGCAAUAGUAGAUAGAACAGUACACCACAUGGGUACAAUAGUAGAUGGAACAGUCUACCACAUGGGUACAAUAGUAGAUGGAACAGUCUACCACAUGGGUACAAUAGUAGAUGGAACAAUCUACUGCAUGGGUACAAUAGUAGAUAGAAUAGUUCACCACAUAGGUACAAUAGUAGAUGGAACAGUUUACCAUAUAGAUACAAUAGUAGAUAGAAAAGUUUACCGCAUGGGUGCAAUAGUAGAUAGAACAGUUUACCACAUAGGUACAAUAGUAGAUGAAACAGUUUACCAUAUAGGUACAAUAGUAGAUGGAACAGUUGACCACAUAGGUACAAUAGUAGAUGGAACAGUUGACCACAUAGGUACAAUAGUAGAUGGAACAGUUGAACACAUAGGUACAAUAGUAGAUGAAACAGUUGAACACAUAGGUACAAUAGUAGAUGGAACAGUUGAACACAUAGGUACAAUAGUAGAUGGAACAGUUGAACACAUAGGUACAAUAGUAGAUGGAACAGUUGAACACAUAGGUACAAUAGUAGAUGGAACAGUUGAACACAUAGGUACAAUAGUAGAUGGAACAGUUGACCACAUAGGUACAAUAGUAGAUGGAACAGUUGAACACAUAGGUACAAUUGUAGAUGGAACAGUUGACCACAUAGUACAAUAG